AUGUUUCCCAUAAGCCUAACCGCAAAUGUGAUCGCUGUUCUGAACUUGGCGGCGCAGAGUUGCACGUUGACUUACAACUUCGUUGCCAGACGUGCGGAGGCGGCCCAGGCUAUUGCUGACUCAAAAUCCACUCUCCUGGAGAGUGAAAAGUCGCUCGAGUUCCUCAAACAGAUUAUCACCGGAAAUGAAUACGAAUCUGAAGCAGCUGCAGCUUUGCAGGCAAUCAAGCUUGUUAGAAUCCUCCAGUUCACGCAUGAGCUUCGCAAUGACUUCCGUGCGACACUCUCCAAGGGUAUCCCGAUGCUUUAA